UGAUAACAGUAUCGCAAGAUGCUGGGAGGGCUCAAGGACAAGCUGACAGGGAAAAAUGCAAAUAAGAUCAAAGGCACGGCUGUGCUGAUGAGCCGAAAAAUACUGGACCCAAGGGACUUCACUGCCUCACUCUUCGACAACAUCCAAGAGCUCGUUGGCAACAGCAUCACCUGCCAACUUGUCAGUGCCACUGUCACCGAUCCAAACAAUGGGGGCAGGGGCAUUGUUGGAUCAGAGGCAAAGAUGGAGCAAGGGUUGUCAAACUUACCAUCGCUAACACAUGCAGAAUCCAACUUCAAGGUAAGGUUCGACUGGGACAUGGACAAGCAUGGUGUGCCAGGAGCCAUCAUUGUCAAGAACCACCACAGCACCAAGUUUUUCCUCAAGACCAUCAUCCUCAACGAUGUCCCUGGCUGUGGCACUAUUGUGUUUGUUGCCAACUCCUGGAUCUACCCUCUUGAAAAGUACCACUACAACCGUAUCUUCUUUGCAAACAAUUCCUACCUGCCCAGUCAAAUGCCAAAGGCACUGAGUCCAUACCGUGAGGAUGAACUCCGGUACCUCAGAGGGGAAGAUAGGCAAGGGCCAUAUCAAGAGCAUGACCGCAUAUACCGCUAUGACGUCUACAAUGACCUCGGUGAGCCUGACCGGGACAACCCACGCCCUGUUCUAGGCGGCUCACAGAAGCACCCGUACCCGCGCCGUGGUCGCACUGGCAGGAGUCCAACUAAAAAGGAUCCAAACUCAGAAAGCAGAUUAUCCUUGCUGGACCAAAUCUACUUGCCAAGCGACGAGCGCUUCGCGCGCCUCAAGAUGUCGGACUUUGCUGGGCACUCACUCAAGGCCAUUGUUCAGGGAAUCUUGCCUGCCAUCCGCACAUAUGUUGAUCUCACGCCUGGUGAGUUUGACUCGUUCGAGGACAUUAUGAAGCUCUACAAGGGUGGCCUGAAGCUGCCCAACAUCCCAGCACUAGAGGAGCUGCGCAAGAACUUCCCGGUCCAGCUUAUCAAGGACCUGCUCCCAGUUGGAGGCAGCUACCUGCACAAACUCCCCAAACCUGAUAUUAUCAAAGAGAAUGAGGUUGCUUGGAGGACGGAUGAGGAGUUUGCACGAGAGAUUCUUGCUGGUCUGAACCCCAUGGUCAUCAGGCGUCUCACGGAAUUUCCACCAAAAAGUACUCUUGAUCCUAGCAAGUAUGGUGACCAGACUAGCACAAUCACCCCAGCUCACAUUGAGAAGAACCUCGAAGGCCUUAGCGUGCAACAGGCAUUGGAUAACAACAGGCUCUACAUUCUGGAUCAUCAUGAUAAUUUCAUGCCAUUCCUCAUUGAAAUUAACAGCCUAGAUGGUAUUUUCACCUAUGCCACAAGGACUCUGUUGUUCUUACGUGGUGAUGAUACCCUGAAGCCGCUAGCAAUUGAACUGAGCUUGCCACACAUUGAGGGCAACCUGACAACCGCAAAGAGCAAGGUCUAUACACCUGCAUCGAGUGGCACCGAGUCUUGGGUGUGGCAGCUGGCCAAGGCUUAUGUUGCUGUCAACGACUCUGGUUGGCACCAGCUAAUCAGCCACUGGCUGAACACACAUGCUGUGAUGGAACCCUUUGUGAUCGCUACCAACCGGCAGCUCAGUGUGGCACACCCCUUGUACAAGAUCCUCCAGCCACACUAUCGCGACACUAUGACAAUCAAUGCAUUGGCACGGCAGACACUCAUCAACGCCGGUGGCAUCUUCGAACAAACUGUCUUUCCUGGCAAACAUGCACUGGCAAUGUCUUCUGCAGUUUACAGGAGCUGGAAUUUCACAGAACAGGGCCUUCCGGAUGAUCUAAUCAAGAGAGGCAUUGCCAUCAAGGACCCAUCCAGCCCAUCCAAGGUGCAGUUGCUGAUCAAGGACUACCCUUAUGCAACAGAUGGCCUGGAGGUCUGGCAAGCGAUUGAGCAGUGGGUCACUGAGUACUGUGCCAUCUACUACCCGAAUGAUGGUGUUCUCCAGGGCGACGUGGAGUUGCAGGCAUGGUGGAAGGAGGUGCGGGAAGUCGGGCAUGGCGAUCUCAAGGAUGCGGAUUGGUGGCCCAAGAUGCAAACCGUGCCCGAGCUCACCAAGGCCUGCACCACAAUCAUCUGGAUAGCAUCAGCACUCCAUGCAGCCGUCAACUUCGGGCAGUACCCUUACGCGGGCUAUCUUCCAAACCGUCCGACUGUGAGCCGGCGGCCAAUGCCUGAUCCUGGUUCCAAGGAGUACACAGAGCUGGAGCAGAACCCAGAGAAGUUCUUCAUCCGCACCAUCACCAGCCAGUUCCAAACAAUCCUCGGCAUCUCGCUCAUCGAGGUUCUAUCACAGCAUUCAUCGGAUGAGAUCUAUCUUGGGCAGCGUGACACGCCUGAGUGGACAUCAGACCUCAAGGCGCUGGAGGCUUUCAAGAGAUUCAGCAGGAAGCUGGUGGAGAUUGAGAGCAAAGUGUUGAGCAUGAACAAGGACCCCCGGCUCAAGAACCGGGUUGGUCCAGCCAACUUCCCCUACACGCUGCUGUUCCCCAACACGUCGGAUAACAAGGGGGCGGCAGCCGGGAUCACAGCCAGGGGCAUCCCCAACAGCAUCUCAAUAUGAGAUUGCUGCAUGUGCCAUGCGUUGGUGUAGGUUUGUGGCUGUGUUAAUUAGGUCCUAGGGUACAAGCAAGGAAGCUACUUAGUACUAUUUGCUAGUGCGCACGAAUAAAGCUU